AUGGCUAAGACAAUGCAAUUCGCGGACAUCCAGGUCCCAACCCCUGGCUUCGGCGCCAUGGGGAUCAGCCAUGGCUUGGGCAACAACUUGACUCUAGAGCAGGCUGAACCUGUACUGCUCAAAGCCAUCGAGUUGGGGUGUACAUUCUGGGAUACUGCUGUUAUAUACCAAAACGGAGUCAAUGAAAAGCUCCUGGGUGACUUCAUUAGGAAGCACAAUGUGAGAGACAAGGUCUUCCUUGCCUCCAAGUGCGGAUUUGACGUGUUUGGCGAUGGCAGUAUCACCAACUCGGCCUCCCACAUCAAGAAGUACAUUGACGGGACCAUUGAGCGGCUCGGCUUCACCCCGGAUCUCUAUUAUCUCCAUCGCAUUGAUCCUAAUACGCCUCUUGAGGAGUCGAUCCCUGCCCUUGAUGAGAUUCGAAAGGCAGGCAAGACCAAGUACAUUGGGCUUUCAGAAUGCUCCGCGAAAACACUGCGCAAAGCCAACUCGAUCGCCAAAAUCGAUGCCCUUCAAGCAGAGUACUCAGCAUUUGAAACACUACACGAGACAGAUGGCUUGAUCAGUACUGCGAAGGAACUUGGAGUGGCCUACGUUGCGUACAGCCCACUGGGCCAUGGCUGGCUUACGGAUGACUUUCCGUACAAAUCGCCUGACGAUUUUCCUCCUGACGACCUGCGUCAAACAAGUAUUCCCAAGUUCCAAGGAGAAAACUUCUAUAAGAACAAGGCAAUUGUCGAGGAGAUCAAGAAGCUCGCUGUCCGCAAGGGAUGCACUCUGGCCCAGAUUGCGCUAGCGUGGGUCGCAGCCCAGGGGAUGAUUGCUCUUCCGGGCACGACCAAGGCUCAUCGCCUUGAGGAGAACUGGGCUUCCAGGGAUGUUGACUUGACUGAAGAGGAGAAACAGGAGCUUCGCGAAGUUGUCAACAAAGCUAAGCCUGUCGGAAACAGGUACAACGAAAGGUUGCAGGCAAUGGUUGGACAUUGA